GUGAACAAAUCAAGAAUCUUUGUAUAGUUCCAUCACAGAUGGAUGGGUCCGAGUGGUUUUUGCUGCUGCUGUUCCUAGUUUUGUUGGCUCGCUCUCAUGGCCAGAAUGACACUACUUCUUCUGAAAACCCAACAGUUGUGUUUCCAGAAGUGCGCAUAGUGAGCGAGCCAUUGACCAAGGUGGUGAGUCAUCAUGACCCGUGCACGUUCCGUCUCGAGUCUGCACUCGGAGGAAUCUCUACUCGGAGGUCUUCCUCUGGUUCUUCACACACGCUCGAUCUGUCAGGUUAUGCUCUGCACCAACCUCUAAGGACUGCUCCAUAUGAGAUGUACGUGACAGAUAUGAAGGUUAGGAUGCCCACGCACCCCAGCCACUGGGCUCGUAUAGACAACUGUCGCUACAACCCUAGCCAGGCUGUACUGCAGGCCAGACUGGUGUUCAAGGACUUGUCAGUGUCAGGAGCAGUGAAGCUGUACAAUGAGGCCGACACACUCCACAACCCCAAGAUAGCGACUCCUGCUGAAAGAUGUCAGAUGAUGGUGCGACUGCGCAAGGCUGGCAUCGGCUUCACUGUGGUACCACAGCAAAGGGAAGGCGGAGGUCUAUCUGUUAGUACAACAGCAACAUUCCUAGACCCUCAGUUUGUCAGUGUUCACGCUUAUGGAUGUGACAACCCAGACCUGCUUGAACGGAGGCUACAGGAUGAAGAUGAGCUGGAUAUGGGUAGAGAGAUGGAAGAUGUGUUUCUAAGAGGCAUUCAACCUUUGUUGACGACCUACCUGGAGAAACAGCUUCACCCUGCACUGCGCGACACACUGAUGAUCAACAUGGGCUACAGCGUCUCCUACGGGAGAUAACUAGACACAGCACAAACACACAGGAUGAGCUAACCUUAAAUGAGCUACCUUGAGAGAAUUUUUGAAUUGCUCAAGGUGUUGUUAGAAAGUAUUUAUUUUGUAGUUAAAUCGGUGCAGUACAUUUGAAUGAUCAUGUAUAUAAUAAUUUAUAUUAACAUGAGUUUUAUUCCGAAUGCACUUAUAAGUGGUGAAUUAAGAUAAAAAAAUCAAGACUUCAUUGUGACCACGAUCUUUUAGAAAAAGAUAUUACAGUAACAAAAACCUUG